AACACAAUCGACCUCGUCUGCAGGCCAUUUGGGACGUGUGAGCCAUGUCCAGACGAUGCGUUGAAUGAGCCCUUCUGCCAACCAUUCGGCAACCGUCGACUCAUGCACUGCUCAGCCCGCACUUCCUCUCCCACAUACCAUCCCCCCGGCGAGAUACCUGCCUGGGAGGCGUGCGGGCGCAUCGUCGAGAAGGAGCGCGGCGACUUCUACGAGUUCCUCGCGUGCAACGCUGUCAUCGUGGCUAUUGCGCUCGCCGUGCUGUUCAUGCGCUCGAAACGCCUGCAGGCGAUGCACGCCAGGCAGCUGGCGGCGAGGAUUGGAUUGGUGAGGGGAACGCCUGGGGGCUGGGCUGCGUGA